AUGAAAGAGAUUAGUUAUUUAGAGAUUCCCGGACUUAAGUCGGUGAUAAAAUUCAAACACUGGUGCGCAAAAUGUGUUGAAAAUUUGUUUUCGAAGAAAAAAUGGAGUGAAGAGCAGCUGAAAUUGCUGAACCACGAUGGGUCACUAGGUCGGCUUUUUGAAAUUUUUGUUGUUACGUAUUUGUCUUUUCUGAUAGCCGGUGAUGAUGUUAAAGCAAUGGUUGCUGCUUUGACGUUUAUUAUUGAGAAAGCUGCAAAAUCUAAUUGUUCGCCUGGAGAUCUGGAGUUGGAGGUGCAACAGCUUGGUUUACCCGCAGCUCCAUCAUUGGUUCCAGUAUCUGGAAAUUUGCUACAGGAAGUUGGGAAAGACAAGUGUUAUAUGUUACAAUUCACUUCGUCAGAUGGCGAAGACGUCAACAUUGUCUUGGAUGAGAAUAAGCUUAAUUUUCUUUACAAAGGUUUGUUUUCGCUGUGA